GUUGCAACGCGGAGACGGCGUAACUUGCGGCUGCUUGUGCACUUGGUCGACAGGGGGAAUCUUGAUGGGGCGUCCGACUAAAAAGCAGCCGAAGAGAGCCCCUUCAACGCUCGGCAUGGAGCGCGCCAUCGUCGGCGUAGACGACAUGGUGCUCUUGACUUCUGUGACGGAGAACGGGAUCCUGGAAAACCUCAAGGCGCGACAUGGCGGUGACCAAAUCUACACAUUCAUCGGGCACGUCUUGGUGUGCGUGAACCCGUACAAAUGGCUCGACAUCUACAACGAAAACAUGAUGAAGCACUACGCGCACAAACAGCGCAUCGACGUCGUGCCUCAUGUGUUCGCCACCGCCGAGGAAGCGUACCGCACGAUGGUGCGUGACGAAGAGAACCAGUGCGUGAUCAUCUCGGGGGAAAGCGGUGCCGGCAAGACGGAAGCAUCCAAGCAGAUCCAGAACUACAUUGCGGGGAUCUCGGGCAGCGGCGACGGCGUCGACAAAGUCAAGAGGACGUUCCUCGAAUCGAACCCGCUGCUGGAAGCGUUCGGGAAUGCCAAGACCGUGCGCAACAACAACUCGUCUCGAUUUGGCAAGUACUUUGAACUCCUCUUCGAUGCGGCGGGGCGUCCGCAGGGGGGGCACGUGACGAACUACCUGUUGGAGAAAUCUCGAAUCGUCAAACCUGGCAAAGGCGAGCGCAACUUCCACAUCUUUUAUCAGCUUUUGGCGGGACUGCCAGAUGCCGCGCGCGGCUCGUUUGGGCUGUCCAGUAACCCGAGCGACUUCGAGUACCUUCGCGCAUCGGGGUGUUACACUGUGGAUGACUUGAGUGACGCCGAGGAGUUCCAGGCCACGAUGACGGCGAUGCAGCACGUCGGCAUCAAAAAGAAGCAGAUCGAGCUUGUCGUGCAGAUGCUGGCUGGGAUCCUACACCUUGGGAACGUCGCUUUCGAGGACUUGCAAGUCCAAGAUGCUGAAGGCAGUCGCGUCACGACUGGCGACGCACUGGAACUCGCGUGCCGGCAUCUCGGUCUGAAUUCGACCGAAUUGAGUCGUGCGUUCUGUUACAAGUGGCUGCACACGAUGGCUCCGGGCGGGAAAAUCGAGAGCUACGAAGUGCCGCAGAACCCCGACCAAGCGAGGAGCCAGCGCGACGCCAUCGCCAAGUUCUUGUACUCGUCCAUGUUUGACUUUCUCGUCGAGCGAAUCAACAGUGCGCUGGACGUGGAGAACCAACAAAAGGAAGCGUCCGACCUCGCGAGCAUCGGGAUCUUGGACAUCUACGGGUUUGAGGUGUUUGAAACGAACGGAUUUGAGCAGUUUUGCAUCAACUACGUCAACGAAAAGCUGCAACAAAUCUUCAUUGAACUCACGCUCCAGUCGGAGCAGGCGGAAUACGGGCGCGAGGGCAUCACGUGGACCCCGAUUCCGUUCUUCAACAACAAGGUCGUGUGCGACCUGAUCGAAGGCAAGGCGCCGCCUGGUAUCUUUUACGUGCUCGACGACACGAUCAAGACGAUGCACAGCCAGCAGGGCGACGGUGUCGACUUGACGUUUCUGGAAAAGAUGGCCGGUGUCCACAAAGGCCAUGCGCACUUUAGCAAGCGCGGACGAGUGUUUGAGAUCAAGCACUAUGCGGGAAAUGUCCAGUACAGCGCCCUCGGGUUUGGAGAGGCCAACAAGGAGAGCUUGACAAAAGACGUCAUGGCGCUGAUCCGGCGAAGCUCGAACAAACUGAUUCAGUACCUGUUUCAGAAUGAACCGACCGAAGAAGACGACCAGCCAGGUCGUAAGAAGCUUGCGCUGACGGCUGGAUCCAAGAUCCGAACGCAGUGCGCGGCGCUCGUGACGGCGCUCAUGGACUGCCAACCGCAUUACGUUCGGUGUAUCAAGUCCAACGACCGAAAGCAGCCCAACAACAUUGACGACAAGCGAGUGCUCCAUCAAAUCCAGUACUUGGGUCUGCUCGAGAACGUCAAGGUUCGGCGCGCAGGGUACGCCUAUCGUGGCGAAUACGGACGGUUCUUGGACCGAUUCAAAUGGCUCGCCAAGGACACGACCCGCGAAUUCCGUGGCAAAGACGUCGCCGGAUGCAAACUCAUUGUCAAGGCGGCGCAAAAGGACGUCCCAGCGCUCCAGGACGAAGUCCAGUGGGGCAAGUCGAUGAUCUUCAUCCGCACACCCGAGACCUUUUUCGCGCUCGAGAAACUGCGCGAGCGGACGUUCGGCGUGUUUGCCUGUCGGAUCCAGCGCGCAUGGACAAAGUACGCUGGCCGACGCCAUCUCGUUCAGCUCAGCGCGGACAUCGCGAAACUGUACGCCAAGCAUGGCAAAGGCCGACAGCGCGUCAGUUUGUACCGGCCCUUCGACAACGACUACUGCCGACAGACGGACGUCCGCGCCGCGAUCUUGCGCGUGUUACAGUUCCACGGCGACGAGAAUGUCAAGGUGCUUUUCUUUGACAACGUCGACAAGAUCUCGACCGGCGGCCAGCGGCUGUCCAACUACUACCUCGUCGUCACAGCCAAUGCAAUGUACAUCUUCGAGACCCAGACGCCGUUCGUCGACCCAAAGACGAAGCGCAUCGUGCCGUUGGUGAGUCUUCGCCGCCGUCUCCCGCUGUCUGCGGUCGAAGGCAUUGUCAUGUCGCCGUUCGCCGACCCAUACUUUGUGCUCCGGAUUGCACAGCCGCCGCUGCUGCCAGCGCCCGAUACGUCCCACUGGAAAGACAACAAGAGCUCGGCCAUGUGCAUGGCGACGCAAAAGAAGUUUUCGCUCUUCACGCGGCGCCACCACUGCCGAGUGACGGGCAACUUGUACUGCGCCGACGUCGUGACCAACUUGCAUCCGGUGCCAGACCGAGGAUGCUACACCCCCGUGCGCGUUGUCGACUCUGUUGUCGGGCACUUUUCGGUCGACAUGGCCGAAGACGUGUGCCUGGCGUCGGAAAAGAAGACCGAGAUCGCCGUCUUGAUUGUAAAUGCGCUGCGAAACAUCUCCAUCACGUUUGACAAGUCCAUCCGCUUGCGGACGGCGCCCGUGCUGUCAACUAGUCCAAGUGAAACCCUCGAGUUCGAGACGGGAGCAACCAGCGCCAUCACGACUCGACCAGGUGAAAUCAAGAUCACUGUUGCUGCGAUCGAUCAAGUCCCGACAGAGUACUUGGAAGCGCGCAGGAAGCGGGAACGCAAACGGAAGAAGCAGCGAGAUGCCCAGCGGGCUCAGGACGAAGCGAUCCGUGCCGCCCGUCGGGAAGUUCGCGACCGCGAGCGCGAAGAAGAGCGACUGCGACGAGUGGCUGAGAAGAAGGCGCGCAAAGCAAUGGACCGUGCGAAACGAGCGAGCUCUGGCAACAACCUUGCCGGGAAUGCGUUGAACAACGUCCGGAAGUUUGGGGAAUCCAUUGCGCAACAACCCCAAAGCAACGCCAAUGCGGAGCUGGCGGCCGCACUCGCCCGACGACGAGGCAACUAAGACCAAAGGGAAAACAUGUGCUGUCAUGCGAAGAAGAAGGGAUCGUUUCCACAUCGUACAACGUGUUGGGAUGGAUUCAAAGGCAACCAACACCCAUCGACACGACUCAGGAUGAAAUCAAAUGAAUUCGUCGUGUGCGCGAUGCAGCAUUCUCGACGGGGAUUUCCACGAGUCGCGGCGGACGAUUCAGUUGAAUCCGUCGGCAGCGUUCGUGCAAGGGCAGG